AUGGCUAUCAUUCUUGUCACUGGCGCGAAUAGAGGAAUUGGGUUUGGCAUCGUCCAGGCGAUCGCCGGUCGAGUUGGCAACUCCGCCAUCCUCGUCGGAUGUCGCACACAUGAGUCUGGCGAAGAAGCGGUCCGCAAAUGGAGAGACAUCGACAUCAAACAAGCUCUAGAUGUAGUCCCUUUUGAUAUUGAGGAUGAUGCCAGCAUUGUCGCCGCUGCUGCCAUCGUUCAAGAGAAGUAUGGGAAAUUAGAUGUUCUGAUCAACAAUGCCGCCAGAGUCACCGCUCCCGAAUCACUCGACCUUUCCGAUGUUCGGUCCGCAACCAACUCCGUGCUCGCAAACUGUGUCACCUCAAAUCUCAUCGUCACUCAAGCGUUCCUUCCGCUUCUUCGCAAAUCCGAAUAUCCUCGAGUCAUCAUGACCUCGAGUGCUCGAGGCAGCAUGACAAGAACAGCGAAUGGGGAGCUUCCACCGGCGGCAUCUAUCAACUAUUGCAUGGCAAAAGCUGCGUUGAAUAUGCUCACCCUGCAACUCCAUCUGGCCGAGGAGAGAAGGACGACGGAUGAUAAGAUCGUUUUCUGGGCAACUAGCCCCGGGCACUGCAAGACAGCUUUCAACGGGUUUCGCGGCUCCAAAGAGCCGGUGGAUGGAGCAGAAGUCUUUGUACGAUUGUUAGAACCAGAAAGGGGCACCAUUGCCUCGGGAACGUUUUGGGAGUUUGAAGACGGCGAUUUCAGAUUGGUCCCCUGGUAA